ACUAUUUUAAAUAAUUAUAUUUGAAACUGAAAAUAUUAAGAGAUGAUUUAUCAAAUUAAGAUAUUAUUGUUUGCUAAUAGCGUUCUAUCGUUUUGUUUUUUCCCGAUUCAAAAUAAAUAUAAUAAAUUGAAAAUUAAUGAUUCUAAAAAAGAACAUGAAGAAAUAACAAGUAAUAAUGAAGAUACUCUAAAAGAAUUUGAUAAAAAUUGGGGAAACGAUAAUUUAAGUGUCACUCGUAUAAUGGGAGAAAAGAUGCAUUCACUUUUAUUAGCAAAAGAUACAAAUAAAGAUAACAUAGUAACUUAUGAGGAAUUUCUUGAAAUACACCAAAUAAUUUUUAACGUUAAUGACAGAAUAAAAUUUUCUGAUGAGGACUUCAACAAAAUAAAAAAAGAUAAUGUAAUUAUAAAGGACACGAUGAAAACUUUUUAUGAACAAUAUACAAUCCGAAUGAAAUGGUUUUCUGUACAUUUAAACAUAGAGAAAAAUAACGAGGGAUGUAUUUCUGUGGAAUAUUUUCGUAUAUUAUUUUCUUAUUAUGGUUUAGACGAAGAAAUACAAAACAGAAUUUUAAAAAGAUUAAAAAUACUAGAUGAUUUUGUAAAAUGUGAUGAUAUCAUAAGACAAUUAACCUAAAAUGUAGUACAUUAUUUGCGUGUAAAGCAUUUCAUUCCGGAUCCUAAUGAUUAGUUACCCACAGAUAACUGGUGACAUUGCGACCAUUGACUGUCGCAUAAUCAAGAAUACUUUAACAAGUACACAAUCAAAGAGGCGAAGGCGGUAGAUAUCUUCAAAAUAAAAAUAAUUCCAUGUUAAAAAUACAAUUUUUUUAGUCUGAAGAUGAAUAAUUACUGUAACUAUCUUCUACAGAAAAAUACCUUAGUAUGUAAGUGUUCUCCCAUUAUAUUUUACUUUAUAAUAACCAAGAUUUUAAACCAAACUUUUGUCGAAAUAUACUCGUCACUACUAUAACAUGUGUUAUUUAUACAUAAUAUUCUUAGAAGGACAUAAUCCUUUUCAAAUAAAAAUUAUUUAAAUAAACAUUAAACAAACAUACACUGUUUA